GCGACGUCCGCAGCAGACGACGCGAUAAGUAAGUAAGUAUACAUCAGUCGCGUGCCGACGGCCGCGGUACUUCCUCGCGGCCUUCGUAAAAAUAACUACCUUCCCCGAUGUACAGUUUAGUUUAGGUGUGGAACGUUGACAUGUAUGUGCCUUAUUUCUGCGAAUCGCAUGGAGAAUUUCUUCCUAUACAGGAGGUUGAAAGAUAGUUUUGUAAAGUGUAUUUACAAAGGAAUCCAAGAUGAUUUCAGAAAAAUUAAGAGUUUUCAAACUCCUCCUGUACAAAGACUUUUUGGUUAGAAAAAGACACUGGAAACUUGGAUUGUUUGUUGAAAUUGCAAUUCCCCUACUGUUAUUUGUAACGGUAUGGGGCUUGAGGAAUUUGUCAGUUCAGACAUCUCCUAAUGCAAAUUUUGACUCUAGUAUAACAUAUCCAGUGGAAGAACGAUAUGAAUUUUUACCUAUACCUGGAACUAAAAUCUACGUUGUACCUGACAACCCAUUUAUAACAUUGUACAUGAAUGAAGUAAGAAAUUGUUUAGGAAAAGAUCGAUAUAUUAUAAGAGAAUUCAAGACUGUAGAAGACAUGUCUUUGCUUGUGGACUAUUCAUAUCAACGAGCCGUAAAUGAAAAAGUAAUAGCUGUGAUUUUUAAAAAUGACUCUAUGGACUCUACUACUACACACUUGGAUUAUAAAAUACUUUUAGAUGAAAAAGUACCUCAGGAAAUAUACAAGGGUCUCUUGUCUAGACCUGCAUUUAGGAAUGGAUUUGUUGGUUUGCAACUAUGUCUUGAUGAAUCUUUCAUAGUAAUGAAAGCAAAAAAUGAUUCCCCCAGAAUGCAUAUGAAUAUGCAACAAAUGCCUUACCCACCACAUGUCGAACCAGAUAAAAUUGAUAAAAUUUACAGAGUAGUUUUUUGUGCAUUUGCCAUAUUGGCAUUUUUGGUGCCUCUAUGCAUAGAAACAUCUUAUGCAUCUGAAGAAAAAUUCUUAGGAAUAAAUGUUUUAAUGGCUAUGAACGGUGUUCCUAAUUAUUUGAAUUUAUUGAGCUGGCUGCUUACUGGACUGAUUUUCAGUUUGACAUAUAUUGUUCCCGUAACAAUUUUAGUAAACUUAACUUCUACCGACAGCGCGGUCCCAUUUUUAUACUAUGGGAAUUCGUUUUUAUUUUGGUUGAUAUUCACAAUGCACUUUGUACAUUUGGUAACAUUUGGGAUGCAUGUGUCGGCUUACUUUACAAGAUCUUCAUUUGUGGUCACUGGACUUUUAAUUUUAUACAUAGGUUCAGCUGUACUUGCAAAAAAAGGAUUUGAAGACGAUGCUUCAAAAAUCGUACCUUAUUUUGGGAUCAUUUUUCCUAAUGUCUUAUUAUUUAGAGCUUGUGAAGAAAUCAAUUAUUAUGAAUCUAUGAUGAAAGGAAUCCAGUUUGACAAUUUGUUUAGAGUUGGAGAACAUCAAUAUGGCACUGCAGGAAGUAUAGGAAUGAUCUUGAUUUUUGAAAUGUUAGGGUCGAUUUUUCAUUUUAUUAUGGCUAAUUAUAUUUAUGCUAUAAAUCCUGGAAAAUAUGGGGUUAAAAAAAGGCCCUUCUUUUUCUUGAAGUUUUUGAGAAGGUCAAAUAUAUCUACUGACAAUCCUGAAGUUGAGAAAUUCGACUGCAAUAGUAACAAACUUUUUGAAACAGUCACUGGAAAUGUUUUCACUCCUGGAAUACAAAUAAGAAAUCUGAAAAAGAGUUAUAACACUGGUUUGUUUAGUGGAGAGAAAGUACAUGCACUGAAGGGUAUUUCUGUCGAUUUCUACCAAAAGCAAAUAACUGCCUUGCUUGGACACAAUGGAGCUGGAAAGACUACAAUGAUGUCUAUUUUAACAGGAAUGAUUAGUCCUUCGCAAGGUUUAGUACUUAUAAAUGGCAAGAAUAUAAAGGAUGACACAGAUGAGAUAAUGAGAGACAUUGGAUUAUGUCCUCAAGAAAAUAUGUUCUUCCCAAGUUUAUCUAUAGCUGAACAGUUGACAUUUUUUGCUUUGUUAAAGAGUGAAAGACAGUCGAGAUCGCUCGUUAAAAGCCAAGUUACAAUAUUUAUGCAAAAAUUGAAGCUGUUUGAAAAACGAAAUGCUUUACCCAAACAAUUAUCUGGUGGUCAGAAAAGACGAGUUUGUCUGGGAAUGGCGUUAGUGGGAGAUUCGAGUACUAUAAUUUUGGAUGAACCAACUUCCGGAUUAGAUCCAGAAAGUAGACGUGAUAUUUGGGAUAUAUUACUGAAACUAAGAGGAGAAAAAACUAUUUUGAUAAGCACCCACGACAUGGAGGAAGCUGACAUAUUGGGUGAUAGGGUAGCCAUAGUACAUGCAGGUAACCUGAGAAGCUAUGGUACUUCCAUGUUCCUUAAGAAAAUUUUAGGGCAAGGAAACGUAGAGGUAACUAUGUCUAUUGAAUCCUGGUGUGAACCAUCGAAAAUUUGCAAUUACUUGGGCUCUGAAAGUGAGAUAAUCAGCACAGACGGUAGCAAAAUACAGCUCAGUAUCCCACAGAGUCCUACUUUACCCGAUUUGUUGGACAAACUAGAAAUCAAUAAGAAGGAUCUUGGCAUUACAGGGAUGAGUGUUUCCUUGAUUACCUUGGAACAAGUGUUUUUAAAGGUCACUCAGGACAAAAAAGAGAACAACUUGCGAGAAGCUUUCAUUGACACUACCAAAAAGUUGACAGGUCGUAAUCUGUUCGUACAUAUUGUAACGGGUUUGCUCCGUAAAAAACUGACAUACACUGUGAGAAAUGUAUCGACUCUCCUCAUCAUGCUGAUUUUGCUUUUCAUACCAAUGUUUUGCAUAGGAUUCAUUUUGAUGGAUCAUUUUCCCGGGGAUGACGUACCAGAUCCAAUACCGAUAAAACUUGACAUGUAUCAUGAUGGGAGAACUUGUUACAGAACUAAUGAAAAAGCCAAGGCUUUUGGAGACACUUACGAAGCGGUGACAAAAGAAUCUUAUGGAAAAGUUAUUGAGAAUCUUGAUGAGAAUAUCAGUUUUAUGUCAGCCCUGUUAAAGUUCGGCUUAGACAAUCCAGCAAUCUACGAUUUCCACCUGAUUGCUGGUGCUGAAUUCAUCAGUGAAAACGACGCUCUUAAUGCCACGGCUUUAUACAAUGGCAUUGAAACAAUCUACUCUCUACCUAUCUCCGUCAACCUUCUUACGAACACAUUGUUAAAAACUCUCGUCAGUCCUGAGUACAGCAUCAGUCUAGAGACUCAACAAUUUCCUCAAAAACAAGACACCGAAAUCGACGUGCUUAUGAUAACCGCCAGCGAGCCGAUCGAGACUUUCUUUGUGCCCAUCAUCUUCCUUUUCUUCUUUUACCCACUGGUGGCUCUCUUCGUCAUCCAUCCAUUGAAGGAGACUCUAACAAACAUCAAACAUCUGCAGAGGAUGACCGGAGCGUCGUGUUUUCAAUACUGGGGAUCGAUGUUUCUCUUUGAUUUUGCAGUGAUGCUGAUAAUGAUCGCGCUGGCUGUUAUCAGUUUGGUACUGAUUGAUGCCGUGCUUGAACUUGAAAUGCUGAGGUCUUGCGAAAUUUUUAUAUUGAUUAUCUUGUUCGUGCUGUUUGCCGUGAACAUACUGCCGCUCGUUUACAACUUUAGUUUCUCCGGCAAAGGCACAAGUACCGCGAUCAAGUUACUGAGUCUUUUGCCAUUAGGUCUUAUUGCAGUGGAAACCGUAAUGACUAUUGUAACCUUGAUGUUCCAAGGCUAUUCGAAAACCAUGAAUAUUAUUCGGCCAAUUCAAAAAACGAUAUUCCUGUUGACGCCCUAUGUAAGCUUUUUCCACGGAUUGAUAGCAUUCUUCAGAGGUACAAGGCAUUACGGCAAUUGCAUAAGAAUAUCAAGAAUGAUAAAUCAAACUGAAAUGGAACAUUUUCUUCAUUGCAAAGAUUUAAAUUGCAUCAAUGGAACUUGCGCUGAACCGCCCAUAAUGUUUACCAAAUUCAAAGAAGACAUUGCAUUAGAAACAAGUAUCCUGACUUUGUGCUUAACGCCUAUUUUGUACUUUGGGUUACUCUGUAUUCUAGAACAUAAACUGAUUCAUCGACUGAUCGUGAGAAUUCGUAGAAAUAAGCUCGAUAAGAGUGACGAGGCAUUUGAGGAACAGGUGAAGAAAGUGAAGCACGACAUAGCAUUUGAAGUUUCCAGAAUCAAAAGCAGAGAAUCAGAUCCAUCUUUCGGAAAAGAAGACAUCGAGAAAAUUAAUGGUGAUAAUGAUGACACGAAGAAACACGCAUUCCUCGCAUUCGAAUUGCGAAAGCUUUACGGAAACUUUGUUGCGGUGCAGGAUAUAAGUUUUGGAGUCGCUCAAGGUGAAUGCUUUGGAUUAUUGGGAGUAAACGGAGCCGGAAAGAGUACGACCUUUAAAGUGGUUACCGGCGAAGAAAUACCGCACAACGGCGAGAUGUACUUGAAUCAUAUAGACAUGAUUAAAUAUGGAAAACAUUUCCUUUCACAAAUGGGAUACUGUCCCCAGAACGAUGCUAUAAUAAAAUCUGUAAACGCUUACGAUCAUUUGCGUUUAUUCGCUCGGCUUCGGGGUAUUCCUGAAAGCCAAGUGGAAACUGAAGUGCGAAAAUGGAUUGACCGACUCAAGCUCAAUUUUUGUGCAUCGCAACCGAGUGGAACUUACAGUGGUGGCAACAAGAGACGAUUAAAUAUAGCCAUGGCUCUGAUAGGAAAACCGAAUCUUGUUUUACUUGAUGAACCGACAACAGGCGUAGAUCCAGCUGCCAGAAGAUCCCUAUGGAACGUUAUCCAAUCGUGUCAAACUACAGGACAGGCUGUGAUACUGACUUCACACAGUAUGGAAGAGUGUGAAGCUCUAUGUAACCGAUUAGCUAUCAUGGUCGAUGGUAAAUUUGAGUGUAUUGGACCUUCUCAGGAAUUAAAACAGCGGUUUGGAGCUGGUUAUAACAUACAAUUAAAACUUGAUCCUGAGGCACCUCAAAAUGAAAUUUCAAAUAUCAAAGAAGACAUGAAUAAAGCUUUUGAUUGUGAAGUUAUGGAUGAAAAUUCGGGAUACCUUAUGUAUCACUUGAAAUCAACCGAUCUAACAUGGAGGAGAAUGUAUGAUGUAGUCGACGAUCUGAAAACCAAAUAUUCCAGCAUACAAGAUUUCUCCGUUUUAUCUUCAACUUUGGAGCAAUUGUUUUUGGUGUUUGCUAGAUCUGCUAAUAAAUCUGAACGAAACGCUUAAUACAUAUAAUUAUACGUUGUGAAGUCAACAAUAACUUGAACGACAGUAUUAAGAGCUUAAACUUUAUGGAUGCUUAAUCUGUUUUUGCCUCAAACUUUACUUUUAUUAAUGUGAUAUACAUAUCGGUUCAUUGCAAUGACAAUUGAAGCGUUUGUCUGUAGCUUCUUAUUAAUUGCCUUCAGGCAAACGAUUUUUUAAAAACGGAUCAAAUCUGUUCUAAAAAACUCUGAAAUAGGUAUUGCAUUGGUUGGACUAUAGAGUACAUGACACGAAAUUUAAACAAAAAAAGUUCUUAAAAUAUGCGUACAUAUAAAUUAUGUAUUUCGUACAAAUAACAUUUUGCAUUUGAUUUAUAAUACAGUAAAAUCUGCAUGUUUGUAUGGCCAUAAAGUGAGAGCCUGUAUAACUACAGAAGAGAAAGAAGUCCCAAAAGUUUUCGUUCUAAUAAUGGUUGGAAACCUCAGUAGCUUUAUUAUUAACGAAAUGGCACAAGAAUUGAUUUUUCAAAUGGGGUAAACCCCCAUGAAUCUGCUACCCGGAUCAAACUGAAGUUGAUUACUCAGCAAGAAGAAUCUGAGUCCAAAAAUCGCACAAUCAAAUCGGGUCUUAAGCUUAGAGGGUCAUAAUGAUCAGGUGUAUUUUUCGUAUAUUUUAUUUACGUCUGAUGAAUGUUUUUGCGACUGAGUCGCCAUAUUCAUGUUUGUUUUUUAAAGACGUUGUCAAGCUACUAAAACAUGCGAUAUAUGACAUAGCAUUUCAGAGAUCUUUACAUAUAUUUUUAAAGGAAAUGCGCAAUGAACAUACUAAAAGAUUAAAUGACACACUAUAAUCAUGAAGCUUUUAUAUUUAUAGCGCUUUUAUCAAUCAUGCACAAUAUGUAUUGUAUGUUGUACAUACAUACAUUACAUAAUUGAUAUUUAUUUAUAUAGGUACAACAUAUUGAUGACAAGCAUAAAUGCUUUGAAAAUAAUAUCUUAAAAACGCUUCAAAUAUGUAUGUAAUAAUUACACACGAAAACAAUAUUGCAUAUCUCUAAAAAUUUAAUGUUUAUUAUUAAUAUAACAAGACAGAAACGUGAUUAAGUUAUGUACAAAAUUUGUACUAUACAUUUAUAAAAAAAAUGAUAUCCAACACUAUUUUUGUACGCUUAAUAAAAAGAAUAGACAUAAUUAUUCACUACAAAAUAAAAAACAAUACAGUUUUUCUUCUUCCAAUCUGAAUAUAACAUAUUUCAAAAUGUUAGGUAUAUAAAGAGAUGUAUAACAUUUUUCUGCAGAAUGCUACAUGGCUUUUUGAUAUGAGAUUCUACAUUAAAAGUAUUGAAAAUUACAUAACUUCAUUCAUGUUCCUGGCAAUUAUAACUGAGACUACAAAUUUAUAAAAUGUGUACUAACGCUAGUGAUGAAUUGUAACUGUCAUUAAUAACAAUAAAUAUUUUUUGUAAUAAUAUUA